AUGGCGCGAGGAGAGCCCUCGCUGGCUGCUCAGAACUUCAACAUGCCCGCGCUUUCUCCGACGAUGACCGAGGGCAACAUCGCGACUUGGAAGAUUAAAGAAGGCGAUUCCUUCUCCGCCGGCGAUGUCCUCCUCGAGAUCGAGACCGAUAAGGCCCAGAUGGACGUUGAGGCGCAGGACGACGGCAUCCUCGCGAAGAUCAUCCAGGGCGACAACUCUAAGCAGGUCCAGGUUGGCACCAGGAUCGCCAUCACUGCAGAGCCCGGCGACGACCUCAGCUCGCUCGAGCUCCCUGCGGAGAACGCUGCGCCCAAGCAGGCAGAUGCUCCCACGGAGCAGCCCAAGCAGGCGUCGAAGUCAGUCCCUAAGGAGGAGCGCACUUCGACACCAUCUCCGCAGAAGUCUGAGAAGAAGGCCUCCAGCAGCAAGGCCUCGACGCAGACAUAUCCUCUCUACCCCUCCGUCGAGCAGCUCCUCAAGACCAACGGGCUGUCCAAAGCAGACGCAGACAAGAUUCCAGCGAGUGGACCGGGUGGAAGGCUACUGAAGGGCGACGUCUUGGCAUAUGUUGGCAAGAUCCAGGAGUCAUAUCCCUCUGAGCUGGCAGACCGUUUUAAGAAGCUCUCCCACCUCGACCUAUCCAAUAUCAAGGUCAUGCCUAAGAAGGAGGCUCCCGCGAAGAAGCCCUCUGCGGCAGCCGCAGCUCCCAAGGUCAUUGAGGAGCUUCCCGUCGAGAUCGCCCUACCCAUCUCGCUCACCGCUGUCACAGAGGUCCAGAAGCGCGUCAAGGACUCAAUCGGUGUCUUUUUGCCCCUGUCUACAUUCAUCGCCCGCGCCACAGAGCUUGCGAACGAGGAGCUACCCAAAUCAAAGACCGCCAAGCCUACUGCUGAUGAACUAUUCAACGCUGUUCUUGGACUCGACAAGGUGGCCGGAAAGAGCUUCUCUCGCGGUAGCUACGUACCCCAAGUGACUUCGCUUCCUCCUACAACAGUCAGCAUACGGCCAUCGAGCUUCAAGAAGCCGGAUGUACUCGAGAUCCUUGCAGGCAAGAAGUCAGUAGUUCGCGGAGCGAAGGCAGUUGGUGGGGCGCAGAGGGCUGUGGGCACCCUGAACGUGUUCAGUGUCAGCGUACCCAAGGGUGACGAGAAGAGAGGGCGCGUUUUCCUCGAGCGCGUCAAGGCCGUAUUGGAGGCCGAGCCGGGCAGGCUGGUCGUCUAA